AUGGCAGGGCCCUGGCUGCAGCUGCACGUCAAACGGAUCGGAAUUGUCAAGGACCUCAUUAGGCGCGGCGCAGAAGUUGACCUUCCGCUUGAAACUGGGGACUACAGCAGCGCCUUGGCAGCGGCAGCAGUAGGAGAUGGCGUUCUUAUGGUUGAGAUACUUCUCGGAAAUGGCGCCGAUGUGAAUCGACAACUUCGGGCAAAGUACUGCGGUUCUGCUUUGGCCAUGGCUGCUUACUGGGGCCGGAAAGAUCGGGUGCAGCAACUGAUAGAUUCUGGAGCAAGGGUGGAUCUUGUACUGCAGAAUGGAUGUUUCCGUACCACUUUAGAUGCGGCUAUAAGCGAUGUGGAUGGAUCGGAAGAUUCAGACAAGGGGUGUUUGAGUAUCAAGCAAGGCAAAGCUGAAGUCGCAGACAUACUUCGGAUCCUCUCGAACGAAGACACUCUGUUUUGCGUCAGCCGCCCGAUAUUACCGCCGCAUCCUCCCGAGCCCGUCAAGGCCAGGGGCAUUGGGCCCUUCAAUCCCCCAUCCGUUCAGGCCGCCAGUUCCAGUUUCAUCACGAUGAAGGGCUGGACCAAGACGACGCGAAUAUGCGUCAUGAUGGCGCUCGACACAGUGUUCCUGGCAAUUGAGCUGGGCGUCGGCUACUACGUGUCGAGUCUGGCCUUGAUUGCUGAUGGCUUCCAUAUGCUCAACGACAUCAUUUCUCUUGCAGUAGGGCUCUGGGCCGUGAACCUUGCUCGCAAGGAGUCCAACGACCGGUUCUCCUACGGUUGGCUGCGUGCCGAAAUCCUCGGUGCCUUUUUCAACGCCACCUUUCUGAUCGGUCUCUGCGUCACGAUCGUUCUGGAGGCGAUCCAGCGCUUCUUCGAGCCGCCCAACAUCAGCAACCCGGAGAUUGUGCUGGUCGUCGGCUUCUGCGGCCUGGUCUCGAACCUGGUCGGCUUCUGGGUUCUCGGUGGCCACGGCCACUCGCACGGUGCUGCUGAUGAGGAGGCCGGUCACGAUCAUGACCACGACCGCGCCCACGUACACGACCACGUUCACGAUCACAGCCAUGACCACGGCCAUGUCCACGCCGAUGCUUUCGUGGAGAAUGGCGUGGACAACCCGGACGACUGCCCGGACGAGGACCGCGACGAGGAGCUGGCCAUCGAGGCUGCCCAGACGGACGGUACCACGGCCUCUGUCGACGGACUGCGCCACGUCUCCUUCACGCCACUCGACGGUCGGGGUUCUGCACAGUCCCGAGCCACUUCUACUGCACGUCGGCGUGCCAACAGCGGCCGUCGUGUGCCGACGUCGAUUGAGGAUCUCAGCAUCCACCCGGCCAGCUUCCGGCAGGACCUCCGCGAGAUGAUCACGGCAUGGCCGACGCGCGACGACGACGUCGAGGAAGAAACGGACUCGGACUCGACCGGCGAGAACGCGCAGACCAGAGGCACGACCGCCAGCAGCGCCACCGAGCGGACGCCGCUGAUCAGCAGGUCGCAGCUUGACGGGGCUGCCGACAGCGUGUGCCAGCACGACGCCAGCGGACACCACGAACACGAUCACGGACACGAUCACAAUCACACUCACGGCCACAGCCACAACCCUCACGCGCACCAGCGGCCACGACGCGAUUCGCACGGCAACCACCACCACAGCCUGCCCAAGGACCCCAGCAAAGCCGGCGGUCACGGUCACGGCCACAGCCAUGGCGAUAUGGGGAUGAAUGCCAUGGUGUUGCACGUGAUCGGUGACGCUCUCGGCAAUAUUGGCGUCAUUGUGACGGCGCUCAUCAUCUGGAAGACGACGUGGGCGUACCGGAUGUAUGCCGACCCUGUCGUCUCGCUGCUGAUCACGGCCAUCAUCCUGCGCUCGGCCAUCCCGCUGACCAAGGCCACGUCCAAGAUCCUGCUGCAGGCCACGCCCGACCACAUCGACAUCAACGACAUCCGCGAGGACAUCCAGGACCUCGCCGGCGUGCUCAGCUGCCACCACGUCCACGUGUGGCAGUUGUCGGACUCGCAGAUCGUCGCCUCCAUGCACGUCGAGGUAUCCUUUCCCAUUUCCGAGUACGGCGGCGAGAAGUACAUGAAGCUGGCCCGCCGCAUUCGCAAGUGUCUCCACGGUUACGGCAUCCACAGCGCCACCAUCCAGCCCGAGUUUCGCCUCGGCCAGGAGACUGCAAAGGGCACCGGUACUGGCAGCGGAAACGGAAACGGAAACGGAAACGGAAACGGAAACGGCUUCAACACCGGCCCUGCUGACCCCCGGCAAGUCCAAGAGCAGCGCGGCCGCUCAUCCCUCAGCCAUGGCCACGCCGACAACGGCGAGACCGUUCCCGCCGCUGGUGCUGGCACCGGCGACCUCGCUGCCGACGGCGCCGCCGAUGUCUCCUCAGCGCCCGUUCUGGCCGCCUCUCAGCCCAGCUGCCUGCUCGACUGCGUCGACGACUGCGUCGGCCUCGGCUGCUGCUCCCAGACGUCGAGGGCUGGAUCCCCCAACGCCACUACCCACUCAAGAGACCAUGACGGCCACUCCCACUGA